UGAAGGCCAGUUGAGUUUCCAGAGUUAGAUCUAACUGGUCAGAAACUGGGGAACAAGAAAUCCCAAUGGAUCUGUGUGAUAGGCCAUCAAGACUCGCUAACCAGAAAUGCCCAUCACCGAUCCCUUCUUGGAGAGCUCCCCACACCAGACCAUCAUCACCACCAAGAGCAGGUGGGGAGGCUUCCGUCCUCCUCCUCCUAUCCAGUCAGCUGCAGCCUCAGCCCGGAACCUCCUGAUCUCCUGGCACUAUGGUUCGCUACCGAAUAAGGAGCCCCAGUGAGCAUCCACACCAGGGGCCUGGGCAAGACGAUGGACAUAAAGACCAGGGGCAGAGGCAAGGGCUGAGCCCAGAGCGUGUGGAGGACUAUGGGAGGACACAUAGGGGUCACCACCAUCACAGACGGCGCUGCUCGCGUAGGAAGUUGUACCGGAUCCACAGGAGACGCCGGUCAUGCAGGAGGCGGAGACGUUCCUGCCGCCACAGGAGGCGGCAUCGUAGAGGCGGCAGAAGAUGCCGAAGGAGGAGGAGAUGUAGGUGCAGAAAGUGUAGGAGGUACCGCUACUAAAGCCUCGCCAGGCCCAUCCAUCCUGCCUGGAGCCAAGGAAGUCGUCUGCCCAAGGAAUAGCCACCUGCCCGAGCAACGUCACGCGAGGUCACACCACCGUUCAAUGUUGAUGUCUGAACCCUGAGCUGCCAAGAAGCCACGAGAUCUGAGUAAUGAGCAAAGCCACCUGCCAAAUAAAGCUUGACACAAGA